AUGAUCUCUUUCAAGAUUCUCUCUGCCACUAUCCUUGCUCUGGGCGUUUCUGCCAUUCCAUUGCAAUCGCGUGAAGGGAACCAACCCAAGCCCAGCCUGGACAAGUCUCACGAGGUCCAUGAUGCUCUUGACCUCACCACCACCUAUUCCAACCCGAACGAGAAGCGGGACUGUCUCUGGAACGAUGGACACGGUGAUAUCGCUUGCGGCUACUUCAGCGUUGUCUUUGGAGACAACUCUGUUGGUGGCUCCAAAGGAACCGUCACUAUCAGGGGUGAGACCUGGAAGACCGAGGGCAGGCUCGACUGUGGAAACGACAACUGGACCACCUUCACCAGUCCUCUCCCUUACACCGUCGACAUCCACGGUGGGAAUGCUUGCCACACCACCAUCUCUGGCCACUGGGACAACACUUGGAUCAAGGAUGUCAUUGAGGCGUUGGUGCGAUGGCAAGAGGGGGGCGGCGAAGGUACGGGCUCCCAGUACACCAGCCACAGCUCAGAAGUGCUGGGGUUUGCGAGGCUUGAGCAGCUUCACUUUGGCGAUGAAGCCGAGAAGCACAGAUACUGGCGUAAGCCUCAACCAGCACACUGGCAAAGUAUCUUAGAAGACAGGGACGGUGCUCUGUCGAGACCUUCAGUCGCCAUUUACCGUUCGAGUAUGUCUGACUGUCCCGGCUCAGUGAUUAAUGCGAACGCGCGCGCUCGAUUCGAACAGAAGAUUCCCGAAGACACAGCAGCGCAAGAAGCGUUUGGCAUAGCAGAGGAUGCAGGACUAAUGGCUGAUGGCGAGAGAGGCAAAGAGGUUAUGGUCGUCGCCAAGAGGGGGGCUGGCGUUAAUUACGAACAAAAGAAAGACUCGCGAUUCAUUGAAAGCCAUGUUCGCCAGGAUACGCCAGGAAAGACUUGCAAGGAAAUUCGAUACGAACGUGCCGACCGCAUCUUCGCAGAUGACGAUUCGCUGUCAAGGGAUGACGAAGAUGAGGAGGAGCCUGCAGAGAUUGAUGCAUACGAGGAUGUCGACGAGUAUGUGUGGCCUCCCUUGCACUUCAUGUCCGAGAGUUGA